GGUGGUAACGGUUCCUUUCUCUGUCUCUCCGCAGCCCACAUGAACGAGGUAGGCACGAGCGAGCCAGAGCCAGAGUUCGGGGACGUGAUCAAGAACGUGACGGUGGCCCUGGGACGCGAGGCGGUGCUCUCCUGUAUCGUGGACAACCUCGGGGACUACAAGGUGGGCUGGAUGAGGACCGACACGCAGACGAUCCUGAGUCUCCACAAGAAGGUCGUGACGCACAACACGCGGAUCUCCGUCACACACAGCGAACCCAUGACGUGGAACCUGCAUAUUCGGAGCGUGAAGGAGGAGGACCGAGGGUGUUACAUGUGCCAAAUCAACACCUCCACGAUGAAGAAGACGGUGGGAUGCGUUGACGUCCACGUGCCCCCGAAUAUCAUUGACGAGGAGACAUCAGGGGACAUCCUAGUGCGCGACGGGGAGGACGUGUCGCUGGUGUGCACAGCGCGCGGGUACCCGGAGCCCAAGAUUGUGUGGCGACGGGAGGACAGCGAGAAGAUUCUGUUGAGGCAGGGCCGAGGAAACAAGUCGAAAGUGGACGAGGUGGAGGGCCGCGUCCUGAACCUGACCCGCGUGAGGAGGAAGCAGAUGGGCGCCUACCAGUGCAUCGCCAGGAACGACGUGCCGCCCGCCGUCAUGAAGAGGAUCAUCGUCAACGUGUCCUUCGAGCCCAACGUCCACGUGCCCAGUCAGCUGGUGGCGACCCCGCUGGGCAAGGACCUCCGCCUCUCCUGCCACGUGGAGGCGUUCCCCAAGCCCAUCACCUUCUGGAGGGUCAACAAUGAGAUCAUGAUUCUCAACGGGCCAAAGUACAAGGUGGAUGAGUCGUCCUGGUCGUACCACACCAACAUGUCGCUGCUUAUACGGAACGUCGAAAAGUCGGACUUCGGGACCUACACGUGCGUCGCCAGGAACUCCAUCAGCCAGGCGGAGGGGCAGGUGCGCAUUUACGAGAUCGAGCCCCCGCGCCCCGCCACGCACCGCCCUACCACCGACCGCGGCCCUCCAGGUGGUAACAACGUCUUCAACUCCCUCGAUCACAGUGCCAAGUCCUCAGGUCUGCACAAGAAUCAGGUCGAGGAGGAGCUGCACCACCAGCAUAAGAUGACGGAGGACACGUCGCAAAUCUCCAUCAACAAAGGUAAGAGGAAGGACCUGCACGGGUUCACCCUCGACCUGGACAACACCCGCAGCCCCGCCCACCGCCCGGCGCUCUCCUCAGGGGCGGGAGCAGCGGCCCUCGUCACCCUUGGCCUCGUCACGCUCCCCCUCGUCUCCCUUCACACCGCUCACUGGUUCUGAAACAUCCGCUCACCUGCUAGGUUAUAAGUGUACGCCACGCGGCCCUCUCCAGGUCUCGCGCGUGUGUGUUUAACGUUUCUAUCACUGUAAUGUCCUGACGUAUACCGAAGAAUUGCUCUGUUUUCCUGCGGUGAAUGUCGACGUUUUCCUCUUGCCCACGCACGCGUCCCCGGAGCAUGAGAACCCUUGCACUUUACUGGAGCGACUCUUCUGAGGCAUUGGCUGUCAAGAGGAGCGUCGUCCCAUAGACAGUGGUAUUCAAAAAGUGAUUUCCGAUGGCCGUGAAGAGGGACGUCAGCAGCCGGUGAGCCACAGGGACGUGUGUGCCGCCCUGACCCCGCCGGACGUCGGGGCGCGGCCAUCCCCGGCCGCAGUGGCUCGUGGCGAAGUGGUGUAAGGGGAAAAUCUCUUUUUGAAUACCACGCGUGUCACUGAGUGGGACUGUUUAGCUCUCUAGUGCCGUGAGGAACUUGCUUUAAUUGUUUGUCAUUCGCCUUGUCCCUGUAUUCUGCUGUUAGUAAGAACACUAUUCGACCUUCUCUUAUAACUAAUAAACUCGUGCGUUUCACAUGUUCAUAUCAGGAACUCUAAGGACUGUUACAGUAGACGAGUAUCAAGAUAAAGAAUACUUUUGAAAAUCAUGUGAUACAACCAGAAUCAACUGGUCAACUCUAACCCUCGCGUUCCCUCUCCCCACAAGUGCCCGCCCACUGGGGCGCCACGCUCUGGCUGCCGCCUCGCCCGGGACAGGCAAACUGCAGGCAGAUCACUUCAGCGUGUGUACUGAAGCUUCGUUCCCGCUGAAAGGUGGAAGCGUCGUCCUUUCACGGGCGGUAGGCACAUGAACAUUUCCGCAUUAGCGUCUCGAGGCGCCGGCCGCCGAGGCAGCUGCGACCCGUGCUAGGUCGCUUGCUCCUCGCGUGGCCGCCGAGCCGUCGCCGUCGCCGCCGUGGGGCGGAGGCCCACCGAGCCCAAAGCAGUGAGCCGAAUUACUAGCAAAGUUCGGCCUUUUUCACAGAAAAUGGAGCAGCUUUUUAUCAGUAUUGCACUCAACUAAUCAUAAAUUGUGUUGCUAGUUGGCGCUAGGUCACACUGAAAAGCCAAAAAGCUGCAGUGCAUCGUCUGCAGCAGUGCGACCCCGCCUCUGACCCGCCGGCCACCAUGCUGACACCUGGCGGCGGGGGCGGCCCCGUCCCGCCCCGCCAAGCGUAAGGGAUGUGGCCGUGGAGGGAGGAACAGCUGCACCGGCAGAGAAACAAUCUUAGCCCUCCUGCCCGGCUCCUUCCCGCACCCUCCAGUCCUCCCCUUCCCGCACCCUCCAGCCCUCCCCGGCAAGGCAUCACACCGUCAUCCCCACCAAACACUGUGUCGUCGGGAAGCAACACGACGCCGCGGAGGAAGUGUUCCGGUGUCCACGGCGGCGGGGCGGGGCGGGGCGGGGCCUUUCUUUCCACCACCAGAGUGGAAAAAUAAACCCCAUAACCUGAACUAACAUGUAUAAACAGAAAUGUAUAAAGGCUAUAUAUAGAGAUGCAUAUAUCACAUGACUAUAUGCUUGUGUAUUACUUCAGCUCAUUUAUUGUUUACUUAUUUCCUUUAUAUAAUUACUUCGUGUAUUUGUGUUUCUCCUCCUCCUUCUCCUGUUCCUCCUCCUCUCCUCUGUAUUCGGGGGUCGCCGCCAGGGGCAGCCACAGGGUCCUGCCGGCGUGUCGGUGACCCGGCCAUCGUGGGGUGUUAGCUAGGCUCCCUGAGGCCGCGGCGCAGCAGCCGCCGUGUCGUUUGUAAAUAUAAAGUAUUCAGAUCGAGGGUUUAAGUUUAAUAACAUUUUAUGUAAAAAUGUAUAGUAAAAGGAAAUAAUGUA